UAGUUACCUAAGGGAGAGUGCCGUGUCUUGUCUCACACUUUACAAUAAUAAACAAAAAAGGGGUCAUUUACAGACGAGGUGCCGGCUGGGAAGGAGCAAACUGGUUAAUUGUAUGUGAUAAUUUUCAUCAACUGUUGGAUCUGAGGACUCGAACUUUAGAACAUCAUGACAUCUUAUGAACCCCCUGCAAAACGCAUCCUUCACAGUGGUUACUUUAGCCCUACCAUGAGACAAUGGCAGACAUCAAACACGGAAAUCCAUCCUUGGAAUUUGAUGUAUCCUAUAUUUAUUGUGGAUGAAGCAGAUGCAGAGCAACCCGUGGAAAGUCUACCAGGGGUGACCCGAUAUGGUGUCAACAAACUUGAAGCUGCCCUUAAGCCACUAGUGAAGAAUGGUCUUUCCUCUAUUUUGUUAUUUGGCGUUCCCUCAAAUAUGCCAAAAGAUGAACGUGGUUCCAGUGCCGAUUCACCCAAUACGCCAGUUAUUGUAGCAGUGAAGAUCAUUCGUAAAGCAUUUCCUGAUCUUCUUGUGGCAUGUGAUGUGUGUUUGUGCGCCUACACUAGUCAUGGUCACUGUGGGAUUCUGAAGAAGGAUGGAACUAUUGAUAACAUCCCGAGCAUCAAACGGUUGGCUGAACAAGCUACAGCUUAUGCAAAAGCAGGUGCUCAAAUCAUAGCCCCUUCGGAUAUGAUGGAUGGCAGAGUUGGUGCAAUAAAGGCUGCACUUCAGGAAGCUGGUUUAUCAAAUAGCGUUUCAGUGCUCUCUUAUGCCGUCAAGUUUGCAUCUUCUUUCUAUGGACCAUUCAGGGACGCGGCAAAAUCUGCUCCAACAUUUGGUGAUCGGCGAUGCUAUCAACUGCCUCCAGGAUCAUCAGGACUUGCAGCAAGAGCAGCAGAUCGUGAUGUGGAGGAAGGUGCCGAUAUGUUGAUGGUGAAACCAGGCAUGGCAUAUCUUGACAUUGUGCGUCAGACUAAGGACAGAUACCCACACUAUCCUCUCUUCAUCUACCAGGUUUCGGGAGAAUAUGCUAUGUUACAUCAUGGUGCCAAAGCUGGAGCUUUCAACCUUCGUGUUACACUGAUGGAAGUUCUUACCAGUAUGCGUCGAGCAGGAGCAGAUGUGAUAAUCUCCUACUAUACACCGACCGUGCUGGAAUGGCUCAAGGAAGAGAACAAAUCUUAAAUUGUUCACAGUACAGUAUUUCUCUUGGCAUGUAAUUUUCAUCAAUUAUCACUUGUGCAAUAUAAUUUUCUAUAUAGAAUUACAAGGAUAAAACCUUGUGCAAUAUAAUGUUCAUUGGAUUUUAUAUUAUGAAACAUAAAAUAACAAUGAGAUAUAACAAUAACAAUGAAAUACAGUGAGAAAAAUCAGGAUCCAUGAGGAUGAUUUAUGCCUAUGCUCUAGGUACUGACAAUGCCCACAUCUUAAUUACAGUACUGUACCAGGCUUUUGCUUGCGAAGGCCAUUUCGUGCACAAUGUUCAUAAUAAAGUGAUGAUUGAUGAAGAGUCACAAUAAUGUGGCUGAAAAAUGUCGAUCCAGGACGGACUGAAACGUCGUCGUCUCUUCACUUUCUAGUGUGUGGUUUGGUCAACAUGAAGUGAUGAUUAUUACCAUUAUUACUUGGCCAAUAAUUUAAGCAAACCUAAUUAGUCUUUUAUCCAAAGUUCAGAUUAUGACGGCGCAGUUUUUGUUACUGAUCUUGUAAAAUGUAAUAUUAAGUCUGAAUUUGUUUUGGAAUAAUUAUUGAUUUUGCCUAUACAAGUAUGUUGUAGCCCAUUAAACUGCAACAUACAAGCAGGAGGCCAAAUAGUUAACUAAUUUUGCUUGUGUAUUAGAUAUUGACGAGUCACUUGUUCGUCAAUAAAAUCCUUGGCAAAUCUUAAUUUUUUUUGUGUUUAAUUGCUUGUCUUGCAUCUUUUUGCUCUCUUAUUUGCAUCUUAAGUGAUACUUAGGACUUUUUUUGUAAUAGCCUGUGACAUGGAUGAUACUAAAUAGUCUUCCCAACUUGGUGCUUUCUUUUGAUAAUUUCUUAGACAUUGCUAUUUUAACUGGAAGAGCACAUACAUCAUAUUAAAUGUAGGAAAGUUAUGGUAAUUCCUCGAGUCAUGACUAAGCAUUGUGGAAUCUAUUGUUACGUUUUUAAAUAUAUAUAUUUGCAAUGUAUUAUAUUAUCACAAAGAAUUGCCCAAGUAUAGUUAGUGAUAUCUUGAAUCAUUGUUCCAAAACUUUUAUCUUUGCUGGCCUAGAGGUUUAUUUUCGUAAUUACAUUACAGUACCUGUACUUAGAGGACCAUUGUAUUGGUAAGUAGUGAUCUAUGCUUUAUCAAUUUUCAUGGUUGGGGUAUACUGGGGUUCAGAACUUGGGAAAGUUUGUAUUUUUAAUAAAAUAUCGACAUGGUAAUUUUUAUUUUUUAAGGUUACUGGAAUUUGUGUUUAAAUAUAUACAAUAUUUCUUAUCUA